GGUUCACCGAACUGUCGCCGCCUAUCAUUGGGUAUUACGACGUCAUGUGAGGAUGAAUGGGGUCCACGUUGUGUGACCACCAGAAUAGUGCAAUGGACUUCAGCCCAGGUGGAACUGAAAUGCAUUAUUACACCAAAACAACAACCAUCCCGUAAAACAACCCCAAUAAUCGAAGCGUGGCCUGAUGAAGACAGCAUUGACGAACGUCCGAGUCUACAACUCUUCCCAAUGAUUACUGAUGAGAGUGAAUUGGGCUAUUUUUCGGCCAAUAUCACCUGUCAACCGUAUGGCCAAUGGACGAUAUCUUCACCAAACUCCAUACAGAUCCCAUCCGGAGUCGAAGACUUCACGUAUAUCAGUUGUGCACAGCAUGUACUUCGCGCUUUUCAGCUAGAUUAA